AGCUGCUUCUUAUUAGACAAAACACAAUGACAAUACAAUCUCAUCCUGUUCUGUAAGACACUCCUCCUUUAGAAAGCACUUGUUUUGAGGAUCAGCACACACUCGAUACCUUCAGCUUUAGGAACAGGUUCAACUUACUGCAGACAGCUCCUGAAAAGAUGAAGGCCAUUAUUGUAUUGCUUCUGGUUCCCUUUGUCUCAGCGCAGACAUUUCAUUGGGGACCCUGCCCAUCACCAAUGGUCCAGCCAGACUUUGAACUAAAUAGGUAUCUCGGAAAGUGGUAUGAGAUCGAAAAACUCCCAGCCUCCUUUGAAAAAGGCAAGUGCAUCGAGGCAAACUACAUGGUUAGACCUGACAAAACCAUUGAGGUUCUCAAUAUUCAGACAUACAAAGGCAAAGUUAGGACCGCAGAGGGUACAGCAGUUGUCCAUGACGUGAGAGAACCGGCAAAACUUGGAGUUAGUUUUUCCUACUUCACACCCUAUGCCCCAUAUUGGGUCCUAUCCACCGACUACAACAGCAUGGCUAUUGUGUAUUCUUGCACUGAUAUUCUGAGGCUGUUUCACGUCGACUAUGCCUGGAUCCUCUCACGCACGCGCACUCUGCCCGCAGAGACCGUCUACCAUGCAAAAGAGACUCUCUCAAAAGAAAACAUCGAUGUGAGCAAAAUGACACCUACAGAUCAGCAAGGAUGUGAUGUUCCUAUUUCAUAAAAACUAAAAUGUUUUUGUUCACUAAAACAUUAUUGCCAUUGAAACAUAACAACGUACACCCCUUACGAAAAUUAACCAUGGUUUUACUACAGUAAAAAAACAUGGUUACUGUAGUAAAACCAUGGUUACCACAAAAUAACCAUGGUUUUGACACCAUGGUUAGUGUAAUAAAACAACGGCUUUGCUGAUAGUAAUCAAUACACCAAAAAACAUGGUUACUACACUUUUACCAGAAUAAAACCAUGGUUAAUUUUGUAAGGGACGAGUUGAGUUAUGAGUUGAAACUGUUUAACUGUUUAAUGCUAUAUGAAUGUAUCUGAUGCAUGAUAUAUAAUGCACAUAAUAUAUAUCAAAUCAAUAAAAGCAAGUGUCUCUAAUAAAGCUUU